GCCCAGUAUCGAGUGCCGCAGCAUCGUUUCAACAAACCUCAACUCUAGUCCUUAGCAACUUCGGCUUUGGAUUCGCCUUUAGCUGCCUUCCGCCCGGCUAUUCAUCUCAUAACAUACAUAUAUCCUUUUCAACAGCCCCCAUGUCCGGUCGCGGCGCAGGUCCAUCACGGCGUAGCCAUACCAAGAGCCGCAAGGGAUGCAAAACUUGCAAACGCCGACACAUUCGAUGCGAUGAGACAUUCCCUCAGUGCAAAAAUUGUGUCAAGCAUAUGGUCCGAUGCGACUACCUCGAAAACACCGGGUCUGAUACCGAAAGCGCGCAACACAGCCCAGAGCAACAUGCUCUCAGCUUUUCACCAAGCACCGAGAUGUUUCCUCCGCCACCGACACAAGAGUAUUCUAAGAAUGAGUUGCGAUUGAUUCAUCAUCUGACCUCGGUCUCCAACGAACUUCGUUCGAAAGGCGUCUCAAAUCUAACCACCUGGACAGAGAAGGUGCCCAAAUUUCUGAGUUUGGCCGCAACAUAUCCAUUCGUGAUGCAUGCACUGCUCUCAUUCUCCGCAAAUAACAUAGCGUGGACCCGCUCCUCUAGCGAAACUCGGAAUGUACAGAUGCAGCAUGGAACGAUCGCACUCCGCGGUUUACAUGAGGCUAUAGGCAAUUUCUCUCAUGCCAACGCAGAUGCCGCGCUCGCAACCUCGCUCCUGCUUCUCUGGCAAGCCACUGACUGGCAGAGCUGGUCUUCUCUGCGCAAUGGAAUACAAUCUGUGCUGGUGAGGAUGCAAUCAUGGACACACGACUCCAUCUUCGCGGAGUUCAUCAACGAGGAAGGCAUGUUUGAGGGACACGACGAUGUGUCUCAACAAGCGGCGCCGUUGGCGCCUGCUGAGAGAAGUGCCACCCUGCAAACACUUCUGUCUGCUUUGCAACGUCUCCAGGCCUUCUUUGUCGACAACGAGGCUGAAUUGCACUGGAUCAGCCAGCUGACCUCGUACGUGGAGAGUUUACACUCCUCGGUGCCGGCCCGGACGCCCGAGGAGCAAUUUGCGCACCUAUAUCUCCUCCGCAAAUGGCUAUUUUGGGUCCCAGCGUUGCUUCUUCAACGACCGUCUGGCCAGGGACCUGCGAUGCUUACCCUAGCGUAUUUCUACUCGACGGCCCUUGUGCUAGAGCCUCUGUUCCCAGCUCUGGGUCCUGCUUUCUGUGCAAGGAGCGCUCUCGUGCCACUGGAGAACAUCAUCAAUAUCACAGAUGCCAUGCACUCGCAGUAUGGUGCGGACAAUUCCUCGCAAGAGAUCAUCUCGCUCAUGCAAUUUCCCUGCCACUCUGCUCUUCUCUUCCGCACCCAGCAUAUGUUGGACGACCAGUCACAAUCUCAGCACUCCUACGCUCACUCGCAAGUACAGACUACUCCAGGCUUGCUCGACGAAACAAGUAUGCUUGAUUUCAACUCAAGUGUGCUCGAUUACACAGGACUCGAGAAUCACAAUUCGGCUUAUGCGUCUGAUUCGAUGCAGUAUGGCAUGGCUUCCACAAACUUCAAUCACUCGUACCUACAAGUACCUUCUUCACUUCCUACACAGCAGCUAGCAUUGCCAGACUUCACCCACGGAGCACAGAAUUGGGGCACAGUCCCGUCACCUGGCUUUCCACCGCGGGCAUUCGCAGCUGAAGCCGCCGAUGCUGCACUCUACGACGACUACAACGAUGGACACGAUGUCAUGCACGAUAUGCUGCGCGGUGAUCAAUUCGGGUGCGUACCUCCGGCUCCGAUCUGGACCUGAACCUCCACGACGGACUUCAAGAUAUCAUCCUUCAUCCACCUGCACCUUUUACAAUCGUCUCCCGACGGCAGUCGAACAACGUCGUGCAAGAAUCGAAGCUCACACUCCUUCAGGCAAUGAGAAAUUCCAUCCGCGUAUAAUGCGAAAGGCCGAAUUAUCUUGGCCAUCGCAUAUUGAUACAGCUCC